AUGUUUGUAUUAAAAAGAGGAACACUUGACAUUUUGUCUGAUAAUGGCGAGCACUAUUCCAGAUUAACCCAAGGCGGAAUAUUUGGUGAAAUGGCUAUAUUAAAGCCUUUGGGGCCGUUGGGGAAGUUGCUAGCGAGGAGACGUUAUUCUCUCCGUUCUGUUGGGUAUUCAGAGGUUUAUUUACUCUCUCAAGAGGAUGCUUUAGAUGUAUUCUCUGACUAUCCUGCAACCUCUCUAUUACUCGAAAACAACGAAAUUUGCUUGGAGGAUUUAGUUGAGAAAACAAAAUUUAAUCCGUUUGAGUUAAGCGGAACGGAAAGUGUUAAUGAAAUAUUUCAAUUACUCAAAGAAACAUUGGAUACACUAGAUAAAGAACUAGACACAGUUUAUGUCAAGUUUGCGGUAAAUUUUAAUUUUUAUUUUUUAUUUUUAAGUUGA